AUGGCGACUACUCGUGUUGAACCCACAACGUCGCGCCAAAAUGAGCAAGACGCGCUUUUGAACGAAGCAUGCCAGGCCACCCGCCGCGAACAUAAGCUCACCCUGCUUCCAUCUCUCAAGCUGUAUCCAAAGGCCGUUGCAUGGUCCAUGCUCUUCUCCCUGGCAAUUAUUAUGGAAGGGUAUGACCUGAAGCUCAUGGGUUCCCUCUUCGCUCAGCCCACGUUCCAGCAGAAGUACGGACAGCAGCUUGCAGAUGGUACAUAUCAAAUCCCUGCGCCCUGGCAAGCAGGACUCUCCAACGGUGCUUCUGCUGGGUCGAUCGUGGGUCUUCUUCUGAACGGUUAUGCAUCUGAGCGAUUUGGAUUUCGCCGGACGAUGCAGGCCUCACUGGCAUUCAUCACAGCCAUGAUCUUUAUUCCGUUCUUUGCACCAAGCAUUCAGGUCCUGCAGACUGGCCAGGUGCUAAUGGGCAUACCCUGGGGAGUCUUCCAGACGUUGACCACCUCAUAUGCCGCCGAAGUGACCCCGACCCAUCUCCGCGCCUAUCUCACCACCUACGUCAAUCUGUGCUGGGUGUUUGGACAGCUUCUCGCCUCCGGUGUUCUGCGAGCUGUCCUUUCUCGAACCGACGAGUGGGCGUAUCGUAUCCCUUUCGCCCUCCAGUGGCUCUGGCCUGUGCCUCUCAUGAUCGGGAUAGUCUUCGCGCCUGAAUCACCCUGGUGGCUCGUGCGAAAAGGCCGAUUAGAAGAAGCCAAGGCAUCCCUCCUGCGACUCACGUCUCCCAGCCGAGUAGCAUUUGACGCCGACCAAGCCAUCGCACUCAUGGUAGUGACAACCGAGAAUGAGCGGCAAUCUGGGACAGGAACGAGCUACCAGGACUGCUUCCAAGGGGUGGAUCUACGCCGGACACUGAUUGCCUGCUGCUGCUGGGGAAUCCAGAUCCUAUCAGGAACAGGCCUGCGUGUUUAUUCGACAUACUUCUACGAGCAAGCCGGGCUCCCCACCGAACAGGCCUUCAAUAUGUCCAUAGUCCAAUAUGCACUCGGUAUCGUCGGCGUAUUCGUGGCUUGGGCUGCUCUCCCGCGGUUUGGCCGACGCACCCUCUACCUCUACGGCCUGGCCAUCCUCGCUGCGAUCCUGCUGGUCAUCGGUAGUCUGGGCGUGGCCAGGGCUUCUGCUCUUCCCAGCAGCAACAUAGACAAUCACGCAUCCGUAUCUAUAUCCUGGGCAAUCGGCUCAAUGCUACUAGUACACACAUUCAUCUACGACGUCACUAUCGGCCCGGUAUGCUAUGCUCUCGUGGCAGAAAUCCCGUCAGUACAACUCCGUUCGAAAUCAAUCGUGCUUGCACGGAUGACCUAUAACAUCUUGAAUAUUGUGAGCAACAUCAUUACGCCGUAUAUGCUGAAUCCGGGGGCAUGGAAUUGGGGCGCCAAGGCCGGGUAUUUCUAUGCUGCGACUUGUGUCGCGUCUCUUGUGUAUACUUAUUUCUGUGUUCCGGAGCCUAGUGGGCGUACGUAUGCUGAGUUGGGGAUCUUGUUUCAGAAAAGGACGUCUGCGCGGCGUUUUGCUAGGACGUCUGUUGAUCUUCCGGGCGUGAGGGAGGUGGAUGUAGCCUACCACAAGGGUGCGUGA